CCACACACAUCAGUUCCUGUCAGAGCCAAGAUGUGUCGCCAUGGAAACUGCUUGGCAAAUGCUGGCAGGCAGAGGCGGCCAGCAGCCGCUCGCACUACCCAGCUCCCGGCACCCGCUGAAGUGACACGAGCUCGCCUGGCCGUGUGUGGACUGUGCACGGCUAGGUGUCAAUAGAUGCUGAGGGACCAGACGAAGGCGGCCUGUGGUUGCUGUCCCCACCCUCCAUGUGCGACUCCUGGCCAAAGACAGCCACUGCCCAGGGUGUCAGCGGAGAAGUUCCAGCACAAGGCAGAACUGAGCCACACGGUCUGUCGGUUCAGUGUCCGUCUCCUGGGAGCCCUGAGUAGCUACUCCAUCAGCCUGAGGGAAGGUUCUGGAAGAGACCGUGGCUGUCCCCUGGGAGAUUCAUGGGCCAGAGAAGGAGCUCCAGGGAGUGGCCAGGGGCCACACACACACCAUGCUGCAGUGCAGACCCCCCCAGGAGUUCAGCUUUGGGCCCCGGGCCCUGAAGGAUGCCCUGAUCUCCUGCGAUCUGGCCCUGAAGCAGCUCUACACCUCAGCCUUCUCCCCAUCGGAGAGACUCUUCCUGUCUGAAGCCUACAACCCGCACCGGACCCUCUUCAGCACACUGCUCAUCCACUCAGCCUUUGACUGGCUCCUGAGUCGCCCAGAGGCCCCUGAGGAUUUUGAAACCUUUCAUGCUUCCCUGCAGCUCCGGAAGCAGAGCCUGGCCCGGAAACACAUUUAUCUGCAGCCCAUAGAUCUGAGUGAGGGGCUGCUGGGAUGCCCCCUGCUGGACCACCUCCGAAGCUGUGCAGAGGCUUUCUUCCUGGGCCUUCGUGUCAAGUGCCUGCCCUCAGUGGCCGCUGCCUCCAUACACUGCUCCUCAAGACCCAGUCAGGACACUGAUGGGCUCCAGCUUCAUACAGAUGGCAUCCUGUCCUUCUUGAAGAACAACAAGCCAGGAGAUGCACUGUGUGUGUUGGGCCUCACACUGGCUGACUUGUACCCCCAUGAUGCCUGGACCUUCACCUUUGGCAGGUUCCUUCCGGGGCAUGAAGUGGGCGUGUGCAGCUUUGCUCGGUUCUCUGGGGAGUUCCUGCAGGCCGGGCCCAGUGUUCCAGACCCAGCUCUGCUGGAGGCGGCAGCAGAUGGCCCUGAGACACUGCCACACGAGGGAGGCCGGACCCUGUGCUUCAGCGCCCUGGGCAUGGUUCAGUGCUGCAAGGUCACCUGCCAUGAGCUCUGCCACCUCCUGGGCCUGGGGAGCUGUCGCUGGCUCCGCUGCCUCCUGCAGGGUGCACUUAGCCUGGAUGAGGCCAUAAGGAGGCCCCUAGACCUCUGUCCCAUCUGCCUACGGAAACUGCAACACCUCCUGGGUUUCAGGCUCCUGGAGAGGUAUAAGAGACUCCACACUUGGACCCGGGCGACGGUGGAGAUGUGGUCUGGCCAAGAGGCCGGGGAACCGUCUGUGUCAGAGGACACCCUGCCCUUCAGUGCUGACUCAGGCAUGGGCUGCGAGAGUGACACAGAGCCUGUCACCAGCCCAUCAGAGCCAGUAACCCCUGAUGCGUGGAGUCAUGUCUUCCCUGAAGGGCCUGAACCGGGGUCUGAGGAUGGCCUGAGCUCUCUGGUGGCCUCAGAAGUGUUGCUGAAACUCGGGGGCCCCGUGGAGGCCAUCGAGGAGUAUGGACAGUGGCUGGAUGCAUGUAUCCAGGCCCUGGAGAGGGAAGUGGCGGAAGAGGAGCUGGUCCAGGUUGAUGCAGCUGUGGAUGCCCUGGGCCGGUGGGAGAUGUUCACAGGGCAGCUCCCAGUCACCAAGCCGCACCUGCCCUGUGGCAAGGACAAUGUGGGGCUGCGCAGGGUCCUGGAGGACAAGUUAUUUUCCCUGAGGCGGCGGCUGAGCUCUCGAAGACUUGCCAAGGCCAGUUCUUCCCACUGCCACCGGGGGACAGAGAAUUAAUGCAGAGAGAUGGACUAUCCAAUACAGUGAAGUCAGCUCCUGGCAUUUUUUUUCUGAAGAUACCAACAGACCAUGCCUGCCCAGUGACUGAGGGCACUCUGGUAUCUUCAGGGUUAAAAGAAAUGUCCGCCGGGUGGUGGUGGCGCACACCUUUAAUCCCAGCACUCGGGAGGCAGAGCCAGGCGGAUCUCUGUGAGUUCGAGGCCAGCCUGGGCUACCAAGUGAGUUCCAGGAAAAGCGCAAAGCUACACAGAGAAACCCUGUCUCGAAAAAAAAAAAAAAAAAAAAAAAAAAAUGUCCCCAGAAGCUGAAGAAAAGCUCCUUGGGUGCUUGACUACUGAGUCCCCGUGUUAUGUGGUCUGAAGCUAUGGCUGAGGCAGGAGUUAGCCAAAUGCUUCUUCUUCCCUACAGGAGGGGCUCUGGUCUGUCUAAUUACUCACAGCCGGAGCUCUGGACCACCCGAUGGCACGGGUUAUGUGGCUAUGUGUAUGUUUCUCUGUGUGUGUCUGUGCACAUGAGUGCAGCUGCCUAGAGAGGCCAGAAGAGGGCGUCUGAAUCCCUGGAUGCCAUGACGGGAAGUUGUGAGCCACCCUUUGUGGGAGCUUGCAAUUGAACUCAGGUCCUCUGCAAGUGCUGAACACACCUUUGAUGUCUGAGCCAUGUGUCCAGCACUGUCUCUUUUCAAUCUUUUGUCACUCACACGGGGUUCUUUUCUGUGGCUGGAGGGAUUUUCUCCUAGAGAAAUUUGUGCCCUGUGAGGUUGGCCAUUUCUUCAGAAAGAAGUGGGGUGAUGGGGUGACUAGUGUGCAGGUUCAUGGGGUUGGGCAUAGAAGGCAGAGCUGCCCCUUCUCCAGCCCUGAGGCUGCUGCUGCUGCUGUCACUACCAGUUAGGCCAGUGUGGAGGUGGCGGCUCGGCUCUUCUUUGAUGGCAUUUUUCCUGUCUCAGUCUAUACACUCCUGACAGAAGAAGGGUAUUAAAAUUAUUCAUCCACA